CUCACCCACUAUAUCAACUCUAUAUGCAUGUUUGGCACUACGGACAAUUACAAUACUGAGGCUUUUGAGCGCCUCUAUAUUAAUUUUGCCAAAAACGCCUGGAGGACUACUAAUAAAAGGGAUGAGUAUCCACAAAUGACUUCCUGGCUGGAUAGGUAUGAGAAGGUGUCAUCUUUCCAGCUAUACUUA